AUGGAUGACAGCACUCCCCCAGUUCCAGCCAUAGCCAAGAUGGCCACCAAUACAGCACAUACCACCAAUGUCACAACUAAAAUGGCCACUGCUUCAUCCAAGACGACUUCUACUGGAUUCAAGACUAUGACCUAUAACCCUCAUAUGCCAUUGGAAAUGGCGGAGGGUUUACCACCAUCGGCUGGUUUGAUUAUCCAACUAAUACAAGACCUGCGUGUGGACUUUAAAAAUGACCUUAAAAAAGAUUUCGAUAACAUGUAUGGGAUUUUGGAGAAAAUUGGUCAACGCACGGAGGACGUUGAACACAGAAUGUCUACACAAGAAUCUUUUCAUUUAGAACUGGUAAAAACUGUAAGCGAUCUUCAAAAACAGGUUAACCAGCAGGCAGAACGAAUAGCAGAUUCUGAGGACAGGAGCAGACGCAACAAUGUUAGAAUCAGGGGGAUCCCUGACACUGUAGAUACUUCGGAAUUAUUGCACUAUUUCCAAACCAUGGUCUAA